AGGACACUUCAAAGUCUACAUGAUGUUUCUUGGAUGAGGCAUGAUCAGUGUUUAAAUUGUCCGCGUCGGCACACUCAACAUCAUGGCCGACCAUUUCUCUUCCAGAUCAAAUGUGCCGACACAGAGUUGACUUGUAUGCACUUGAGUUGUAGAAAUUUCUCCCCUCUGCCUACUCUUCCCCAGAAAUAUAUCUUGAGGAAAUCUAAGAAAAAUGUUCAGCGCGGGAAAAAGUUGCUUCGUACGGGUGGCGAGAAACGUUAAAAAUAUACAUACAAACAGUCAGAUGUCUAGACCCUCUAAGCCUGAGCUUAAAACUUUACCAAUUUUCCAGUAUCCGGUAAGUCGAGAAAAUGACCGCAGAGUGUAUGUGUGGGGUCUUGCAGCACAUGGUGCUCUCGGAGAUUCGAGAGCAAUGAAAAAGGGCAAAAUCUCAAAGCCAAAAAGGUUGUCUUUUGCUGAGCGACAUAAGGUGACAGAUAUCGCUUGUGGGUAUGGCUUUACAGCUUAUGCAGUACAUUCUUCGAAUGGGAACAUUGUUUACGGGACUGGUAUAAAUACAGAUUCACAACUCGGUCACAACCUCGAUGAGAAGUUUUAUAGUAUGAUAUUUAUCCCAAGACCGAUAACUUUACCAUUGAAAGACAUCUCGACCAAAAUUAUUGGCAUGGCUGCUGGAAGAGCACAUUUAUUAAUACUAACGACAGAGGGUUUGUUUACGUUGGGUAACAAUGCGUAUGGUCAAUGCGGCAGACCGAUUAUAUUAAAUGAAAAUUACGAAAAAAGUAUGACAAUCCAUUGUAUACCUGAUAUUAAAGGGAACAAAGUUAUCGCUGUGACAGCUGGUCAAGAUCACAGCAUACUCUUGACAGAGGCAGGUGAGGUAUACACAUUUGGUUGGGGUGCUGAUGGACAGACAGGUCUUGCGCAUUAUCAAAAUGAACAUCGACCGAGUUUGGUCAAGGGUGACUUAGCGGGACAGCGUAUAGUCAAAGUUGCCUGUGCUGCUGAUUGUGUAUUAGCUCUUAGCGAUAAAGGGAAAGUGUAUGGUUGGGGUAAUUCGGAAUAUGGUCAGUUACCAGUUAUAAAAGAUAGUUACCAAGUAAACAUUGCUACAGAAUUAGAUACACAAAACUUAGGACAUAUUAUAGACAUUGCAUCAGGUGGCUGUUUUUGCAUGAUUUUAAAUAGUGAAGGUAAUGUCUAUGUGUGGGGAUAUGGUAUACUCGGUCUUGGACCUCAAGUACAGAAAGUAUUAAAACCAACCAUGAUUCCUCCCACAUUAUUUGGCAAUAAUAUAUAUAAUCGUAAUGUUAAGGUAACAAAUAUAUAUUGUGGAAUUAGUCAACUAGCUGCACUAACCAACAUAGGAGAUUUAUACAUGUGGGGUUGCAAUAAAUUUGGAUCUUUGGGAUUAGGACAUACAAAAGAUCAAUUUUUUCCUUUAAGGGUUGCAGUUGGAGCUCAAGUGAGAAAGAUUACGUGCGGAGUGGACCAUACAGUGGCUCUCUGUAAACCUUUUAUUUGAAGGAACAACAUUUAUUUAAAUAUCAAUUUAUUUAUUGAAACAAGUUUUACAAUGCUUUAUUUUGAAUGUUUCGGUGUCAAUACAAAUGAUUACAAAAUAUCUCACAUGCCUUCAUCAGGCAAUAAAAGGACAGUACUAAGCGAUAUUUACAAUUCUAAUUCUAAUUCUAAUUUGGCUAAUGUAAUACAUUCAUGCGGUUUUGUUUAUUAAAAAAAUUAACUUAUGUAAUAAUUUGUUGUAUUUUUAUUACAAAAAUGUGUAUAGCAUACUUAUGAUUAAAACAAAAAUGUUCAACA